UACACAAGUAGUAAGGAAAAAGAAGUCGACUUUGUAUUUAUAACUGUCAAUAUUUCAUUCGAUUUGUGUGUAUUUUAAUAUUUAAAAAAUAUUAUAAAACAGCCGACACGUCGGUAAAAUGAAUACCAUAAUGAAAUAUAAGAAUAAAUAAUAUAUUAUUAUAAUGUAACCUUAUUCUUAUAUACUACGAAAAAUGAUUUUUAAAAUAACUUUAACUUUCAUUCAUUAGUUUAUAUAAUUUAGACGUAACUGGGGUACACAGUUUAGAAAUAAUGGAAGUACUUAUUUCAAAAAAAAUAAUUUUAUCUUUGCUAUUGUUAGCUACUAUAUCUUUAUAUGUAUCUUUCGUUUUCAAUUCGUGUGUAAUAUCUGGUCUAUCCAAAGCAAUACCUAAAUGGCAAACUCAUCCGGUAAUACCAAACGAAAUACCUUUAGUUCAUUAUUCAGCUUCCGUUCGUGUAGUAUCUUUAUUAGAAGAAAACGAAACUGACAUAUCGCCAAAAUACAAAUUUUUUAGAGAACAGGGUUUAAGACCAGAAAGACAGUUACCAAGUGCUUUAAUUAUCGGUGUUAAAAAAGGAGGUACUAGAGCACUUCUCGAAUUCAUCCGCAUACAUCCAGAUGUGAGAGCAGCUGGUAGCGAAGUUCAUUUUUUUGAUAAAAAUUACGCGAGAGGUUUCCAAUGGUACCGAAAACACAUGCCAGCUACUCUGGAAGGACAACUUACCAUCGAAAAAACCCCUUCGUAUUUUAUAACCAGAGAAGCCCCGCGCCGAGUGCAUCUAAUGAAUCCAUCCACUAAAUUACUCGUAGUUGUAAGAGACCCCGUUACAAGGGCCAUAUCUGAUUAUGCUCAAGCUAUUUCCAAGAAAGUCGACAUGAAACCGUUCGAACAAUUAGUUUUUGUUAACGGUUCCAUCGGUAGUAUCGUAGAUACGUCUUGGGGCCCCAUAAAACUAGGAAUAUACGCUAGAUAUCUAACGAGGUGGUUGAAAUUUUUUCCUCUGUCUCAAUUUCUGUUCGUCAGUGGGGAACGUUUGGUCUUGGACCCGGCGAUCGAGCUGCGUCGCGUUCAAGAUUUUUUAGGUCUUAAGAGAGUCGUUACGGAAAAACAUUUUUAUUUCAACUCCACGAAAGGUUUUCCUUGUCUGUUUAAAAGCGAGGGGCAUUCGGCGCCCCAUUGUUUGGGAAAAACUAAAGGGCGCAGUCACCCCUACGUUAAUCCAGUGGUUUUACAAAGGCUUAGAGAUUUUUUUAGGCCUUUCAAUAAUCAUUUUUAUCAGAUGACUGGGAUUCAUUUCGGUUGGGCUUGAAAUAUGGUGUUGGAUUUUUUUUUGUAUUUUUAGAAUUAUUUAUUGAAUUUUGAGGAUGAUAUAGCGCGAAAUGUAGUGGUAUUUAAACGAUUGGCUCAUUUUUAUUUAUCUCAACAGUUUUGUACGACUGUUUGAUGGCAGACAAGUUUUUAACACUCAUAGUAUAUUUUCGUCAAUUCUAGAGGGUAAAACGAAAAAAAAUUUAGUAAAAAUUGUGAUUUGUUACACUUAAAAGUUAAUAUUAGAUGUUUUAUUUAACUAACCUCAAAAUUUAUUAGUUUUUUGCAUUUUUCUCGAAAGUUUUGAGGUUAUGUGGAAAAACGUAUCUUACGAAAUUUGUAGAUUUUUCAAUUCUAAACAACUUUUUCUCAGCACAUUUUUUGGUGGGAAGCCUUCUUUUUUCAUAAAUCGUCUUUGAAUAUUGAAAAUUGCAGUUUUUACAUUUUUUCAGAAAAUUUUGAGGUUAGGUGAACAUGUUAUAUAAAGAAAAUUGUAGAUUUUUCAAUUCUAAACAACUUUUCCUUAACACAUUUUUUGGUAGGAAGCCUUAUUUUUUCUUAAAUCGUCUUUGAAUAUCGAAAAUUGCAGUUUUUUCAUUUUCUCCAGAAAAUAUUGAGGUUAGGUGAAAAUGUUAUAUGAAGAAAAUUGUAGAUUUUUCAAUUCUAAACAACUUUUCCUUAACACAUUUUUUGGUAGGAAGCCUUCUUUUUUCUUAAAUCGUCUUUGAAUAUCGAAAAUUGCAGUUUUUUCAUUUUCUCCAGAAAAUAUUGAGGUUAGGUGAAAAUGUUAUAUGAAGAAAAUUGUAGAUUUUUCAAUUCUAAACAACUUUUUCUCAGCACAUUUUUUGGUGGGAAGCCUUCUUUUUUCAUAAAUCGUCUUUGAAAAUUGAAAAUUGCAGUUUUUACAUUUUUUCAGAAAAUUUUGAGGUUAGGUGAACAUGUUAUAUAAAGAAAAUUGUAGAUUUUUCAAUUCUACACAACUUUUCCUUAACACAUUUUUUGGUAGGAAGCCUUCUUUUUUCUUAAAUCUUCUUUGAAUAUCGAAAAUUGCAGUUUUUUCAUUUUCUCCAGAAAAUAUUGAGGUUAGGUGAAAAUGUUAUAUGAAGAAAAUUGUAGAUUUUUCAAUUCUAAACAACUUUUUCUCAGCACAUUUUUUGGUGGGAAGCCUUCUUUUUUCAUAAAUCGUCUUUGAAAAUUGAAAAUUGCAGUUUUUACAUUUUUUCAGAAAAUUUUGAGGUUAGGUGAACAUGUUAUAUAAAGAAAAUUGUAGAUUUUUCAAUUCUACACAACUUUUCCUUAACACAUUUUUUGGUAGGAAGCCUUCUUUUUUCUUAAAUCGUCUUUGAAUAUCGAAAAUUGCAGUUUUUUCAUUUUCUCCAGAAAAUAUUGAGGUUAGGUGAAAAUGUUAUAUGAAGAAAAUUGUAGAUUUUUCAAUUCUAAACAACUUUUCCUUAACACAUUAUUUGGUAGGAAGCCUUCUUUUUUCUUAAAUCGUCUUUGAAUAUCGAAAAUUGCAGUUUUUUCAUUUUCUCCAGAAAAUAUUGAGGUUAGGUGAAAAUGUUAUAUGAAGAAAAUUGUAGAUUUUUCAAUUCUAAACAACUUUUUCUCAGCACAUUUUUUGGUGGGAAGCCUUCUUUUUUCAUAAAUCGUCUUUGAAAAUUGAAAAUUGCAGUUUUUUCAUUUUUUCAGAAAAUUUUGAGGUUAGGUGAACAUGUUAUAUAAAGAAAAUUGUAGAUUUUUCAAUUCUAAACAACUUUUCCUUAACACAUUUUUUGGUAGGAAGCCUUAUUUUUUCUUAAAUCGUCUUUGAAUAUCGAAAAUUGCAGUUUUUUCAUUUUCUCCAGAAAAUAUUGAGGUUAGGUGAAAAUGUUAUAUGAAGAAAAUUGUAGAUUUUUCAAUUCUAAACAACUUUUCCUUAACACAUUUUUUGGUGGGAAGCCUUCUUUUUUCAUAAAUCGUCUUUGAAAAUUGAAAAUUGCAGUUUUUUCAUUUUUUCAGAAAAUUUUGAGGUUAGGUGAACAUGUUAUAUAAAGAAAAUUGUAGAUUUUUCAAUUCUAAACAACUUUUCCUUAACACAUUUUUUGGUAGGAAGCCUUAUUUUUUCUUAAAUCGUCUUGAAUAUCGAAAAUUGCAGUUUUUUCAUUUUCUCCAGAAAAUAUUGAGGUUAGGUGAAAAUGUUAUAUAAAGAAAAUUGUAGAUUUUUCAAUUCCAAACAACUUUUCCUUGAUGAAUUUUCUGAUAUAAAGUCUAAUUUAUUCUUAAAAUGUACUUGAAACAUAAGAAAUAAGGUUUUUUUCAUUUUUUUCGUAAACUUUGAGGUUAGGUAAAAAAGUAUUCAAUAUAAAUAGAAGAUUUUUUAUUUCUCUCUGAUAUAUUACUCCAUAUAAAAACCAGUUACGCUAUAUGAAGGACAGAUCCGUACUAAACUGUGAAUCUAAACAUUACCACUAUUUUUCAAGCAGUAUUUCAUCAAUAUUGGAAUGUAUUUUAUCUACGGCACUUUUAUAUAAAUUAUUUAUACAUUUUUUGUGACACCUUAAAUUAAUUAGAAUCAGUAUUUAAUAGCCAAUUAAAAAAAAAUUCUAAAUUUUGUCGUAAAUUAUAACAAAAUGAUUUUACAUAAGUACAGUCCUGGAUAAAAUAUACCCAACGAAUGUUAAAUAAACUCGAAUUAUCAUUUUUUUUUGGUUAAUAUUUCGAAUUUUUCUAGUCAAAAGUGUUUUAUUAGUUUUAAAUCUUAUAUUGUUGAUUUUACAUAUGUUUUAUUAUAAGUUUAUCGAUUUUAAGAGAGCAAAUGACAUUAAUUUAAUCUUGUUGAUUAAUUUUUUACGUAUUUACACAAUAUAACGUGUUGAGUUUCAUUAUUUAUCUAUGGAAAUGAUCAUUUUUGGUGGAAUGUUCCACUUAGUAGAACGUAGACACUGUCAAUUGACUAUAUUUAGAAUACACGGUUUAUACAAAAAAUUCAACUAAGUAAGUAGGGUAUUUAAAAAAAAAACAACAUUUUUGCACAUUAUUUGUAUUCGUUUCGUCACUUGCCUAUUCAAAAACAACUUUCUUUGAAUACUGUCAAUUAAAUUAACUCGAUUUGUACUCAACCAAAAUUAUUAUACGAGGGAUAUAGAAAUUUUCAUCGAACAAUGUUUUGUUUAUUUUACACAAAUUUUUUUGUAGUUGAUUACGAAUAUUUGUAACCAAAGCGUUUGUACCAAAGUAAUAAAAUCACGCUUACGAUAUAAUUGUUGAAGCUAUAGCAAUAAUAAAGUUUUUUAUCCAAAUAAAACUUGUAGUUUUCAAAA